AUGAAUGUUUACUUACCGAAUCAGACACUUAAAAAAUUAAGCCGUGUUUCAUAUCCUGUCAAGAAUGCAGAAGCUGAAAGUGAAUGCACGAAUGAUCAUUGGCAAACACUUUUUGCUGAUAAGGAACGAAUGGGACCCCUGUUGGCAACAGAGAUGAUAUGCAGGGUUUGUGGUCGAAAUGGAUGUACUCCAAUAACAGAAAAAUUGUCUUUAUAUUAUGAUAUUUCAGAAGCAAUCUGCAGUGUCAGUAAUAUUUCUAUUAACACCGAUGACUCAUUACCAAAAUACAUCUGUACUGAUUGUCUAGAAUCCCUUAAAGUGGCUAUGAUCUUUAAGAGGAAUUGCGAGAUUUCUGAAAAAAGAUUUAAAAUGAUUUUAAAUCCUAUGGGUGAUCCAUCAUUACAUUCAUAUCCAUAUUCAAAACAUGAUUUCCAAUUAAUACUUCAUCAUUUAAAGAAAAAACGCUUGAUGCGAGAAGAAGCAAAAGAAGAAGCGAGAAGAAAGAGAGAAAAACUUUUGCAGAAGAAACAACUACCUAAGAAGAAAGAGAUUAAAUGUACUUCCUGCGAUAUGGUGUUUGAUUCUAAGGAUGUUUUAAUAGCUCAUAGACAUGAAAAGCAAUGUAUGCUCAGAGCAUGCGAUAUAUGUGGCCAGCUGGUUUAUAGUAUAGCUAAGCACAUGAGACAUAUUCACAAGCAAGUUGUGUCCCAUAAAUGCCCAACAUGUGGCAAAGAAUUUCCAAUCAUAGCAAGGCUGAAAAACCACAUGUUGGUACACACAAACACAUUUAACUUCUUUUGUGAUUUAUGCCCUUACAAAUGUAAGCACAAGUACUACUUGGUGAUGCACAUGCGGACACACACAGGAGAGAAGCCGUACAAGUGUCCUGUGUGUCCUGCUACUUUUGUCAAUCCUUCAAACUUGAAUAAGCAUAAACUUACACACCAAGAAAAACAAUUCAAGUGUAUAAUGUGUGACAAAGCUUUCCGUACUAACGCUGCAUUGCGUGAACAUCGUGAUGCGACGCAUAUGAAUAUCAAGCACACAUGCAAUAUUUGUGGGCGGGAAUUCUGUUAUAAAUCUGAUCUACGUAAACACGAAAUACGCACGCACAACAGGAUAAAACGAGACUACGUCGGUGGUGAACCGUCUUACAAGCAAGUAGAGAGGAUGAAGGUACAGGAGAAUGAUAUUACAAAAUGGCGGCAGCAGGACGUCAUAAUAACCCAGCCAACGAUGGAAGCGACAUUCGUGGAACAGAAACAGGACUAUAUGCCUCAACAUCAGAUAUAUUUCACCGAAAUCAACGGAUUAAUUCAACCUCAGGCUCAACCACAGACAGUGCAAGUGCAACUCGCGUUACCGGAACUUGUUAUGAAGGAUGAAGUAAAAAUGUAUGAGGCCCAGCAAUCGAUGGGGUACUUUUGA